CUAACCUCACUUUUCCUCAUCCUUGCAAGAUGUCCAAUUUUUUUCGAAAUCUAAACAUUAUUACAAAUUUAAAAAGUUUUAAUGCGAAAACCAUCGAGUCCACCAAAAAUGCGGCCCUUAGACUUGAAGAAAAAUCAAAAGGGACCAUGUUUGAAAACUGGAUAAGAUACUGGAAAAAUGUGUUCAACGAUUAUAGAGAAGUAGUGAUCGACGUUCGAAAAGACAUACGUGAAAAGCCAAUCAAAGCCGUUUGCACCCUAACAAUCAUAGGUUCUCUAACAUACUGUGUCAAGCACAAUCCUAACUUCAUUGAUUAUCGUGACACCUUCGUAAAGUCUGCAAAUGAACUGUUACUUGUUCAUCCGAGCAUGCAAAAGACACAAACCGCUUCAACUCUGAAACAAAUCGAGGGUUACUUUAAUAGUGGUGUUGUGAGAAGAUUCAAUUUCGGUGUCGCAUCGAUUAUAUGGGUCGAUUAUUAUAGUGCCUCUUGUAAGAAUUCUGAGGCCAUAUGUAAACACUUGAAAAUGUCUUAUUUCGAUUGGAGGUAUCAUAUUAUCGAUAUUGGAUUCUUAGAUCGGUGGUGGAUGCUUAGUAAAUGUAUGGAAGACUAUGAUAUUAAUGAUUAGUGAUAGAUUAAGUUGUAUUUCUCGCAGUGUAAUUGCUGUUGCAUCUAAUAUAAGUGUGAUUUAACUAAAGUAGAUAACUUGUGAAUGCCGUGAUUUAAAAUCUGUUGGGAACCAAUAAUGUUUUAUAGGGAACUUCAUUAAACGAUCACAUGCA